AAGCCGGAACUCAUCUCCACGUGCUGCACGCGGCCACCGGCGGAAGACGGUUUGUUUUGAUGCCGCCGGGUAGUAUUCAAUGUGCGGCUGCCUUUCUCCUGUCAUGUGCUCUGUAAUUGUGCCAACAACAGACAUAAUGUCGACUGCAGAGAGCCAAGUGGAGAGCAGCGGCCCGGAAGAAGAGCUGAAAGCGACCAAAAGGAAGAUUUCUCUCUCCAAUUGUGGUGUGUGUGGAUCGGAGGAGGCGAAGUACAGAUGUCCAGCCUGUCUUGGCCAUUCUUGCAGCUUGCUGUGUGUGAAGAAACACAAAGAAGAUUCAGGAUGCAGCGGAGUAAGAAAUAAAACUGCCUUUGUGACCCUCUCACAUUUUGAUGAAAUGACACUUCUCAGUGACUACAGGCUUCUGGAGGACACAGGACGAUUUGCUGAUGGUGCCAACAGAGACAGCCUCAUCCGGACUCCUCGUUCCACUUUGAAAACAAAGAGGCUGGCAGCCUGUGCCAGAAAGAUGAAUAUCACAUUGAGGUUCCUCCCCAUCACCUUCACUAAAAGCAGAGAAAACUCCACUGUCUUCGUCACAAAAGAAAAACUGUUCCUCUGGCACCUGAAGCUCAUCUUUCCCCAGAGCAGCACGGAGUUCAGUCAGAAGAGGGUGUCUGACAAGCAAACCUUGGAGCAGAUCUUGACCGCAUAUAUCCAUCCAACAGAGUCGGACCCUGUGACACGUCAAAAAUUGAAGAUGUAUGUUCACGCUCCAUUUGAUCAUGUGAAAGUCUUCAUGAAAGCAGAGGGGAGAAAGGCAAACUCUGUGAGGUACCAUGAGUUGGACAUCUGCAAGACCUUAAGGGACAAUCUCAGCUACAAAACGCUGAUUGAAUAUCCUGUGCUGCAUGUUGUACUCAGAGAUCAUUGGAAGGAGUAUCCACCGAAAGGACCAGCUCAACCUGCAUCAGCCUGCAGUGGUUUUGCAACCAAGAAAGAAGACGUGGAACAAGAGAAGCAGGAUGUGAUCCAAGUUUCACCAUCCCUACAAGGAGCUCGCACCCCGCGGGAAACCAACAUCUGGACAGGAACCCCAGAGACCAGCCCUGAAACUGAACCCCCACAAAUGAAAAGGGCCAAGAGAGAAGGAGGGAAGGAAGAGGUAGAGGAGGGAGAGAUCAUAGACAGUAGUGACGAAGAGGAGGAGCAGGAAGGAAAUGCUGAAGACAGUACCCCAUGUAGUAAGAGCUGUGAUGGUGCCAAAAGCCCAGCUAAUGAUGGGGGGGGUGAUUAAAGACAAAGCAGCAGACAGUGUGGGGGUUAAUGUGGAUGAUGGUAUUAAUAAACACAGUGACAGCAGCAGGAAUCAGUGCAUAAAUGAGAACAUUUCUGCUUCAGCUGAUGACAAUGAGCUGUCAGAGAAGAGUACUGAGGUCAACAUGACUAAGGAGGAUGCUGUGAAAGAGCCGGGCCCUGUUCAUACCCAUCACUGUCAGGAUGAAAAUGAGUCAGCUCAUGCUGCUGACAGCUGUGGACAGGAAUGAUAAUGCACAGAUGUUCAGGGUGAAAUUAAUGAGGAGGCAAACAUAUCUGACAGGAAGUCAUCAAUCUAGUAUCAGUAUACAGUUGACCAAUGCUAUCUAACUGUGUUUUCAGUUUUUAACAGUUUUAGGAAAUGAACAAUGGCUGGUGCCACUUUAUUGUUGUAUAUACAUGGAAUCAUUUCAAUUUCAAUGUUAAUUUUCAAAAUUUAGGUUUAUUUAAUCAGUCUUGAAGUAUAAACAAAAACAUAGUUUGUAGGUAUUGUCAUCUGUAUUUAUCAGUAAAAUUUAAAGGCAUACUAUGCAGGGUUUGUCCAUUGCUGUUUGUAAACACAACAUUUAAACUUUGCCACUCUGACUCGUUGAGACUGCGAAAGCAGUGGAACAAAGCAGUGAAUCAGAGGAAUAAAACAUUAUUUUCUGAUUGUUUCACAGCAGUUACAUUUUAAAUCACAAAUAAACAAACCCACACCUCUGCAUAACCCUGCAGGAAGGUGCUGCGUUGCUGGAUUUUGUGUGAGUUCAGCUAACAGCAAACACACAAACAUGCAGCUCAAAUCCACAGAACAGAAGAGAGGUUGAUGUGUUUUUAUAGUCCCCUGACACUGCACGAUCAUGAAUGGUUGAGGUGACUUUGUUUUUUCAAGUCAUAUUUCCAAGAUCAAUAAUGUGCAGUGAAACUCAAUUUGAUGACAACAUGGCCGAGAAUCCCUGAGAGUGUUUGGAAAAACUUUGUGCAUUUACAUUUUCAACUGUACAAACUCCACCUGUAGAUGAUCAUGUUAUAUAAUGGAAAGCUAAGUACUACCAAGAAAUGACAGUGUCAAGCUUUUUGUGGACAAACAACCUUUUUGAUUUAAUGUCUCAAGCUGCUUUUUGCCUUUAGUGCUAUUUUUUUUAUCUUGUUAUGUAAAGUGUGUUUGUGUAUCUUGAAAAACACUCUAUAAAUAAAAUGUACUUUUAUUACUUUAAA